GAUAAGAAGACCCUCUUAUGCAUGAAAAUAAUCAAUCCUCACAAAAUACGCCACCUGAUUGCUGCUCAAUACGAGAACAAAUAUAAUACACAUUUUGUAAAAAAUGCAAUCAUUACUUCAAACGAGGCCGAAAACUUGUCUAACUGGGUCUAAUAAUUUGGGAAAUGUAUCCAUAACUGAUCUAAACCCACCAUGGUCAACUACAAUUGGUUUCCAACUAAUGGAAGCGGAACCCCUGGGUAGAGGAUCGUUCGGCAGGGUUUUCAAAGCUCGACAUCGCCUGGACUUUAUUCCUUACGCCAUUAAACAAAUUAAUGUGCUCGCAGCCUUAUCAAAACUACGAAGUCAAAAUGAAGAAGAUGAAUCUGCUCUUCUUGAGAAGCUUUUAAGAGAGAUUAAGUUGCAGAGUGGAAUUAACAGCUCUUUUGUGGUCAGGUAUCACAGUCACUGGGUUGAGGGUCCUGGGUCGGAAAAAUUCAAAACUAACAAAAUCAGGGAACUUUUAAGCUUGUGUAUGGGAAAUAAUAGAGACGAAAGUACCGAAGAAAGCAGCGAUGAUUCAGAUUUAUGGAGCUCAUCUAAAUCAUAUUUUUCCGAUUCAACCAAAAAUUCGACAUUCCUUUACAUUCAAAUGGAAUUAUGUAACCAAGAGACACUUAAGGAUUUUGUGAAAAAUGCAACUGACCGCGAAAGGCUUAUUGAAUGCCCAAGAAUAAUUUCACAAACUGCGAAAGGACUGAGUGCCAUACACGCUAAAGGAAUAAUUCACAGAGACCUAAAACCAGACAAUAUUUACGCGACAAAAGGUGGCGGAAGAAACUUGGUUAUUUGGAAGAUUGCAGAUUUUGGAAUUUCUACAAAGUUUGGUUCUUCAGCCGAUGAACUUGGAGGCUUUAACUUUGACUUGAGCGAGCUGGACGUAACUGGUUCGGGGAAAGAAGAAGAAUUUUCAUCACAAAGCUUUAAAGGGACGGAGUCUUACAAGAGCCCGGAGAUGUAUGAGCAACUGCCGUACACAACUAAAACUGAUAUUUACUCAUUGGCGCUAAUCUAUAUUUUCACCUUGUGCAAAUUUUCUUCGGAUUUUAAGUGUAUUGAAUAUUUCCGUUACUUGAGACUUCAAACCCACGAAACCAGCAGUAUCUACGAACAAGACACGAUACUUAUGGACGAUGUGACAAGAAGAAAAUAUUUUUCAGUUAUUCAAAAAAUGCUCUGCCGUAAUCCAGAUGAAAGACCGCAAGCUUUGGAGAUUUAUACUGAAGUCCCUUAAUAUUUUACAAAGGAGGAAAUGAAUUACUAAACACGUCAAAAACUUAUGGGAGAGAAGCCGAGCUGAAAAACUUAACAAAACUUCUAUUUGAUAAAGAAAGUAAUUUCACAAUUAUAAAAAAUUCCGGAAAGUGUUCCAAAAUAAGCAUGGGUAAAACCAUGUUAGUCCACAAGUUCCUUACAUAUUCCCCGCAUCUUGAAAACUACUCCAAAAUUUGGUUAGAAUCCUCAACUCAAGACUUAUUUGAGGCACAGUUGUUUAACCUUUGUGCAGAACUAGACAUUCCAACCAGACAACCAGGUGCCAUCAAUUUCAUCCGAGAUACGGAGGACAUUUUAAAAGAUUUGUGCAGUAUUCUUAAAGGAACACAAACAAUAAUUAUACUUGAUGAUUUAUACACAAAUGAUGAUAAUACAUUGGACCGGAAAACUAGCAACAACCUUGCCAAAUUUAUCCAAGAAAGCGAACUACUUUUCAUCAUAACGACUAAUUUCAGUACCUUCUUACCCUCAAGUUUGUCUCCAACUACAGAUAAUUUGACGGCCUUAAAGCCGCUAAGUUUUCAGGACGGACUACGCCUAUUAAAUUCGGAACUCGGGGAAUACCCAGAACUUGACGAAAAACUUGUAAAACUUCUUUAUGCCCUACAUUUCACCCCGGCAGCUCUUACCAUCGCCAUAAAAGUCAUUAAGGCUUGGAAAAAAUUUAAAAAUAUAGAGAUACCAUUCGGUAUAACGUUAUACACUAGGAAGGUACUAACUUCUAUACACCGUUUAAAACCUUUGCAAAAAAAGAUAAAGGGUUUUGGCUAUGGAACAAGCAACUCCGUUAUGGCCACCCUGUCAACAUUUGGACUCUCUAUAGUUCACAUUAAGAAAUUUCACAAUAAGAAUAACGUUUCUAUGACAAUCUUGUCUUUUUUGUAUUACAUCCACCCGAAUAAAAUAUCAGUGGAGAUGGAGCGCAACAUUUUCCAACAGCUUCUCCCAAACGUAUCCUACACCGAGAUAGAAGAGGGUAUCAAGUUGCUACAACUUUAAUCUGAUCUCAAUCCAAAAUGAGAAUCGGGGGGAUUUUAUCUCCAUUGUGAUCGCAGCGUAUUUACUUUUAAGUUUUCCAAAUGGUGCAGAUUUUCUGGACGAAAUUCUUGGCAUUUUUCAAUCCUUAAUGUCAAUAAGAGCGGAAAGCUGGAUUCCAAUUAUUGCAACAUUAAUCAAACACACACUUUCGUACCAUAAUUUGGUUGAGAAAUACGUCGAUUACAUUCUCGAUUUCAAUUACUUGCUUCGUUCUACGAAUAAUUUCAAGGAGUAUCUGCUACACAAUUUGGCUGUUUUUAGAAGUUGUUUUGGACGACAGCAUGAGCACACGCUUGCCAUGAGAAACUGGUAUAUUUCUGCAUUAAGUGAUGAAGGAAAGGCAAAUGAAACCUUAGAAGAGUGGAAACGUCUGGGGAACAUAUGUUCCAAAAAAUUCCCUCCAAACCACUGGAUCAACCUUGACAUCAAGCAACGGAUAGUUUCAGCUUUCCACGACCUUGGAAUGUUCCAGGAAGCAAAAGUUGGAUUUGAAACCUUAUUAAAAAUAGAAUUUGAAGAAGAUGAAAUUACGAAAAAUCGAAUUAAAGGAAACUACGCACUUACUCUACAGGAAUUGAAUGAAUGUGAUCAUGCUCUUUCCUUUUUUAACGAAGUUUUAGCAUUUUGGUCAAAUUUACAGGAUGAAAAGGAAACGUGUACAGCAAAACAAAACAUAGCUGCAAUUUAUUAUGAUCAAGACAGAUUUUCCGAAGCCAAAGAAAUAUUUCAAGAAUUAUUGGAAAUUCGCACAAAAAUGUUUGGGGAAGAAGAUGCGGUGACUUUGGAAACGAAAAUUUGGCUUGCGAAAACCAUCUCGCAAAUUUAUCCACACAACCACAACUUAGUCCAGGCUGUGAGUAACGUUUACAAACAUGUUCACUCCGUUCAAGUAAGAUCCUUAGGGGAACGACAUCCAACAACUCUACAAUCUUUGAAGGAUCUGGCUGUGUAUUUACUAGAAAAUGGAAACGACGACACAAAUCACACACCCGAAAUCAGAAAAAUGUUGGAGUUUGUACUGAUCGCGAAUAUGGAAAAUUUUGGCGACAAACACCCAACUACUUUGGUAACAAAGUUUUUCCUUGCGCAAGUGUCAGAAGUGGAGGAAAAUUUUGUACAGGCAUUAACAAGUUAUGAACAAGUUUUACACGAAUUUCAAAUAAUUUAUGGGGAUUUGCAUCCAUCCACUAUUUCAACGAAGGAAGCUGUCGGCUUGGUUUUAUAUAACAUGGAAAACUUUGAAAGAGCAAAGAUUAUUAUGGAAGAGGUUUUUAUCGCUAGAAGUACCGUUUUCGGGAGGGAUUGUAAGAAAACUCUGUUUGCUCAGUACAGUUUUGCGGAUUGUUUAACUAAAUGUGGAGAAAGGGAGAAAGCUCGGAAAAUAUUUAAGGAAAUAUUAGACUUCGAUGGGCAAGUUGAGGAAGACGAAGAUUUUAAAAACUUAUUUCAAGAUACGAAAGAAAUUUUAGAGGGGAAGAACAUCUUAUGAAAAGGUGUAGUUAAAUAUGCAUCAAUGUUAUCAAUUAAUUCAUAUUAGUUGUAUCAUCAUGUAAUACGUUCUGCUUUAUUGCUCCUGUUUUGUAUUGCAUAAAUUCCACUGAAAUUCUUCCAUCAA